AUGUCUUCAAUUACCGUUCGUCCCGCCACCCUGGCAGACAGCGAUACCAUCGCAACCAUACACAGCGAGGCUCUCAGCUACUAUAAUGACUUUUACGCCGCCUUUUUCGAGAAACAUCCCCGAGAUCUCAUACCGAUUGCCACGCGCAUCGCACUGCAGAAUCCGGAGGUUCACUUCUCGGUGGCCGAAGAGGCGGGGGAGACAGUGGGGUUUAUUCGGUACAAGGACAUGACUAAAAAGCCGGAGCCGAACUCGAACGCGAGCGACAAGCCUCCUCAGCCGCAAGUGUGGACAAUCAAAGACCACAUGAAAGAUUUGUGGCAAUGGUUUGACAAACGCAGUGAAGAGAUAGACGCCUCUAAAGAAAAGGCUCUUGAUGGGAGGGAUCACUUUGAGGUGAUGCAUAUCAUGGUACACCCAGACCACCAACGAAAAGGCAUCGGCGGUCUUCUUCUUAAAACCGUCACCGACAAAGCAGACGCCGUCAACGCGCCAACCAUUAUUACUUCAUCAAUUGAAGGUCACGGACUUUACAAAAAGCACGGCUUUGAGAGUCUGGGAACAUGGGACAUUGACAAUGAGACGUGGGCGCACAAGAUCGCGGAACACGAAAAGAGCGUCGGAUAUAAAGACGGAGUAAUCAACCUCGAGGAUAAAUGCAAAGGCAUGCGCGAGAGUGAAGAUAGCAUGAUCCGGCAGCCAAACAACCGGUAA